AUGGGGCAUGGCCCACAGCUGAGAAGCCGCUGCCUGCUGGCCACGUCCAUUGCCUACUUCAACACAGGAGACACUGUUCCUUGCUGGACUCCCAAAGCAGCUGUGUCUUCUUCCGCUGGUGACCUUUCUGAUAUCCACCCCACUGUGGGCCUUCCGGGCUCCACUGGGGGACUUGUUGGGGAAGAGGGGUCCGCCCAUUUGGUUUGUCCUAAAUACAACAUAGAGAUAUUUGAAAAGGCUCCUUCCAUUGAUUUUCUCGUAGAAGUGACUCAAGAGUCCAAUCUGGGGGAAACUGCAAACCGAAGAAUGCACAGCCUCUUCCUGGCCAAUGCAGAGAUGCUGGCAGUACCCUGCUGUGGGCCAGCACAUGGGCGUGGACGUGGAACGUGGCUGAAGAGUGGUCUGGGUCUUGUGCACCAGGAGGGCAGCCAGCUGACGUGGACGUACAUUGCCCCCCAGCUGGGGUACUGGGUAGCAGCCAUGUCCCCUCCCAUCCCAGGUCCCGUUGUUACACAGGACAUUACCACGUAUCACACGGUGUUUCUUUUGGCCAUUUUAGGAGGAAUGGCUUUCAUACUUUUGGUUUUGCUGUGUCUCCUUUUAUAUUAUUGCAGGCGGAAAUGCUUGAAACCUCGCCAGCACCACAGAAAACUACAGCUUCCUGCAGCCCUCGAGAGUUCCAAAAGGGACCAGUCCACUUCCAUGUCGCACAUCAACUUGCUGUUUUCUCGCCGGGCGUCAGAAUUCCCAGGCCCACUGUCUGUCACCAGCCAUGGCCGCCCAGAGGCCCCGGGCCCAAAGGAACUGAUGAGUGGGGUCCAUUUGGAAAUGAUGUCCCCCAAUGGCGAGGGAGACCUGCACACGCCCAUGCUCAAGCUGUCCUACAGCACCUCCCAGGAGUUCAGCUCUCGGGAGGAGCUCCUCUCUCACAAGGAAGAGGACAAAAGCCAAAUCUCCUUUGAUAACCUGACGCCAAGCGGGACCUUGGGGAGAGACUACCACAAGUCAGUGGAGACUUUUCCCUUAAAGACAAGGAAAUCCCUAGAACGAGAAGGCUAUGAGUCCCCCGCCAACGAUGACUACAGGGGCAGUUACAAUACUGUGCUCUCGCAGCCUUUAUUUGAAAAGCAGGACCGAGAAAAUCCAGGCUCCACAGGUAGUAAGCUCGCCAUUCAGGAGCAUCUGUACCCCGCACCUUCAUCUCCUGAGAAAGAGCAGCUGCUGGACCGCAGGCCUACUGAAUGUAUGAUGUCGCGAUCAGUAGAUCACCUCGAGAGACCGACAUCUUUCCCGCGGCCGGGCCAGCUGAUCUGCUGCAGCUCUGUCGACCAGGUCAAUGACAGCGUUUACAGGAAAGUGUUGCCCGCUUUGGUCAUCCCCGCUCAUUAUAUGAAACUCCCGGGGGACCACUCCUAUGUGAGCCAGCCUCUGGUCAUGCCUGCUGGUCAGCAGCUUGAGAUAGAAAGACUCCAGGCCGAGCUCUCCAACCCCCACGCGGGGCUCUUCCCACACGCGUCCUCGCAGAUCCAGCCGCAGCCCCUGUCCUCCCAGGCCAUCUCUCAGCAGCACUUGCAGGACGCAGGCGCCCGGGAGUGGAGCCCUCAGAACGCGUCCAUGUCGGAGUCCCUCUCCAUCCCAGCCUCCCUGAACGACGCGGCUUUGGCUCAGAUGAACAGCGAGGUGCAGCUCCUGACCGAGAAGGCGCUGAUGGAACUUGGGGGUGGGAAGCCGCUUCCGCACCCCCGGGCGUGGUUCGUCUCCCUGGACGGCAGGUCCAACGCCCACGUUAGACAUUCGUACAUUGACCUCCAAAGAGCUGGGAGAAACGGAAGCAAUGAUGCCAGUCUGGACUCUGGUGUGGACAUGAACGAACCCAAAUCUGCGCGGAAGGGAAGAGGAGACGCCUUGUCCCUGCAGCCCAGCUACCCACCUGUCCAGGAGCACCAGCAGAAGGAGCCCCGGGCCCCGGACAGCAGCGCCUACACGCAGCUCGUGUACCUGGACGACAUGGAGCAGAGCGGCAGCGAGUGUGGGACCACAGUCUGCACCCCCGAGGACAGUGCCCUGCGAUGCUUGUUGGAAGGGGCAGCUCGGCGAAGCGGCGGCCAGCUGCCCAGCCUGCAGGAGGAGACGACCAAACGGACUGCGGACGCCCCGCCGGAGCCCGCGGCCAGUCCACACCAGAGAAGAUCUGCUCACGAGGAAGACGAAGACGAAGAUGACGACGACGACCAAGGAGAAGACAAGAAGAGCCCCUGGCAGAAGCGGGAGGAGAGGCCCCUGAUGGCAUUCAACAUUAAGUGAGCUGUCCUGGAGCCACCCGACUGUGGAGUAUAACGUUGCCAAAUAUCCUUUCUCAUGGAAGCGCGCACCUGCUGAUGGAAGACGCGCCCCACCGUGGCCCGCGGCUGCUCACUGCAUUGCGGUUGGCUGUGUAAAUGCUAGGAAGGAAUGCAAGUGAUCGCUCAGAAUAAAGGAUGACUUUGGCAGACGCUGCCCCUCCCGGGAGGUGGCUGAAAGUCGUGUCCAGUGUCCUUCCAAGGAACUCGACGUGUCCGCCGCCAGGGACACUGAGAAACCGCACGUGAUGUCGCUACGCUCUAACGAUCACCUCAGUUCUCCCUCAGAUUCUGGGAGCAGAUGAAACUCUUUUGGCAUUGCUUGAAUCAGUUUGUAUCACGAUAAUGCUACUGUGAAGCUUUGAUUGAGAAAUUCGGUCGGCACUUAGUGUCUCAAGGUAUGCGUUCUCUCAAAGGAAAACUAUGCAUCGCUGCUUCGUUGUCUGAUUUUUGCUUAGCUUUUGCUCUGGUUAGGUUUUGUCUGGGGGUUUGCCAUUAAAAAAAAAAAAAAAAAAAAAAAACCAAACAGUUUGGUCGUAAAGAUUGUAUUCCUUGGUCUUCAUCUGUUCUUCUCAGUGGUUGAUUUCGGCGUCUCCCUUCAGGAACUCCCUGGGGUCAUCUCGGAACAUGCAAGCCUUUUAAUGAAAUCAUACUGAAAUUUUUUAUCAGCUAAGAGUCCUUCAAUUCUGGUCCCAUUAACUCCAAGUGCCUUUUUUACAGUGACAACAGACAGUCCCUCGCUUUUUUUGUUUCUUUGUUUUUCUUAACCUCGUUCAUUGAACUGCCUGGAUUUUAUAAAGCUAUACUAUGAUACCCCUCUUCUUCCAACUGCAUGCUGCCAAGUGCCAUUGGGGGGGUUAGCAUCUUCAUUUCAACACAGUGUACUCUCUAGUUAUCAUGUGUAACGUGGGUUCUGUUUAGCUAAGAUAGACUAGAGGACACGUUAGAGAUGCCCUUCCCUGCCCCGUCCCUGUGGCCGUCAUCAGGGUUUCACUGGCUGUUUGUAUAUACGGUUACGUAUUAACUCUGGAAUCCUCUGGACGGGUCUUGCUUACCCAACAUGGGAAUAUGGACGACGGGACAGGUGGGUCGAAUGUGACUAUUAAAAAAAAAAUCUUAUGUACUAUCCAAAAGUGCCAGAAUGACUCUUCUGUGCAUUCUCUUUAAAGAGCUGCUUGGUUAUCCAAACACAAAAAUUCAAAAUAAACUCUGAAGAAAAGAAAAA